AUAUUGGUGUAACCAAAAUAAAAAAGUAGAAUAAUUCUUUCAUGAUGGGUGCUUCCACCUUAUUGAAAAGUUCUUUGAUUCAACUUAGAGACGCCGAAAUGUUUUAUGAGCUCGAAGAAGCAUGAUUCAAUUAAAUCGUGACAAGGGGUGAUUACGGUUCAUCGUAUUACGUGGCGUAUUAACAAAAAAAGCUAUAUAUAAUUACAUUACAUUUUCAUAUGACAAAAAGAUAUAGUGCUUGAUAUAAUAUUAUUUAUCAAAAGUCUAUAAUUUACUUUCUUUGCAAUACAAAAUGGCAUUACCAUCGAAUUAUAAGCAAGUAUCAAUGGCUACAUCAAACGUUGUUGCAUCCAAUCAGCGUCUCAGAGCAUCUGGUGGAAGUAGUAGUAGUUCAAAUACUAGUAAGGAUACACAAAGUCCUUUUAUACAAACUCCUCAUAGUCAUCCAGGAUUUACUCCUCAAAAAGUAGGAAAAAAUACAAAUGCAGAUUCUCGGAUGCCAAAACCACCAAAACCGCCUGAAAAACCUCUCAUGCCAUAUAUGAGGUACAGUCGGAAAGUAUGGGAUCAAGUAAAAGCUCAAAAUCCUGAAUUGAAACUUUGGGAAAUAGGAAAAAUUAUUGGUCAAAUGUGGAGAGAUUUACCAGAAGAAGAUAAAACAGAAUUUAUUGAGGAAUACGAAGCAGAAAAGGUAGAAUAUGAAAAAAGCUUAAAGACUUAUCAUAAUUCUCCAGCAUAUUUGGCUUAUAUUGCUGCUAAAAAUAGAGGAAAAUCAGCAUUAUGUGCAGCCCAACAAAAUAAUGAUGAUCGAGAAAGUCAUGAACGUUCAUCUGGUAGUAGUAAAAAUCAAGCUGCGCAAGAUAGAAGGAUUGAUAUUUUACCUGCAGAAGAUGACGAUGAUCAAGAUGAUGGAUAUUCCGUAAAACAUGUGGCAUAUUCACGUUAUACAAGAAAUCAUCGUCUUAUUAACGAGAUUUUCAGUGAUACCGUUGUUCCUGAUGUUCGUUCUGUAGUUACAACUCAAAGAAUGCAAGUCUUACGCCGUCAAGUACAAUCUUUAACUAUGCAUCAGAAAAAAUUGGAAGCAGAAUUACAACAAAUAGAAGAAAAAUUUGAAGCAAAAAAAAGGAAAUUUAUUGAAACAAGUGAAGUAUUUCAAGAAGAAUUGAAAAAACACUGUAGGCCAGCAGUAGAUGAAGAAACAUUUAAUAAAAUGGUAGAACGACAAUAUGAAGUACUUAGAAGAGAGAGAUUAAGAGGUUCGGAAGAAAAUCGAUCUGAUGGUCCUGCAUCAAAUGAAUCUACACCAAAUUCUACACCUACUCCAACACCAGCUUCACUCAAUGAUGAACCUACAUCUGAAGCUACGGAAAAUGAAACGAUUGAUAAAAAGACCAAUGGUUUCGAGAAACCCAAUAAUGAAAUAAAGAAAGAAAAUUCAUCGCCUCCAUAUGUUGACACAAAAACAGAAUCCCCUACUGUACAAGGAAAUCAGCCGAUAAAUCAACAUGGAUCUAAUUCUAAUAUGUAUUGUGUAUCUGUUAGUCCAAUUCAACAACAGCAACCACCACAACCGCAGCAACAACAACCAACACCGUCCUCAUCGAUGUCAUUAAUACCACCACAACAGCAACAACCGACGCCAUUGCCAUCAAUGUCACUGAUAUCACCACAACAGCAACAGCAGCAACAUCAUCAACAACAGCAUCAUCAACAACAGCAACAACCACAUCAACAGCCACCUGUUCAAUCUCAUCAACAAUCGCCACCACAAUCACAUCAACAACCAACACCUCAAACACAUCAACAGCCAUCUCAAACCCAUCCACAGCCACCGCUUCAAACUCAUCAACAGCCAAACCCUCAACCUCAUCAACAACCAUCUUCGCAGCCUCCACAGCUACCAUCACCCCAAUCUCAUCAACAUCCUCCGCCUCAAACUCAUCAGCAACCACCACCACAAUCCCAUCAACAACCACCACCACCUCCAUCUCAUCAACAACCACCGCCUCAGCCUCAGCCACAUUCACAACCACCACCUCCAACUCAUCAGCCACAACUGCCUCAACCACAUCAACAACCAUCAUCUCAAACUCAUCAACAGCCACCACCACCACCCCAAUCUCAUCCACAACCACCACCUCAAACUCAUCAAUCACCAACACCUCAAUCUCAUCAACAACCACCUUCACAACCACAGCAGCAACCAACACCCCAACCUCAUCAACAACCACCGCCGCAACCUCAUCAGCAACCACCUCCUCAAAGUCAUCAACAACCACCUCCUCAAAGUCAUCAGCAACCACCUCCUCAAACUCAUCAACAGCCACAACCUCAACCCCAUCAGCAGCCACCACCACCACCACCACCACCUCAAUCUCAUCAGCAGCCACCACCUCAAUUUCAUCCACAACCAUCACCUCAAACUCAUCAACCACCGCCGCCGACUCAACCACAUCAACAACCGCCACCUCAAUCUCAUCAACAACCGCCACCUCAAUCUCAUCAACAACCGCCACCUCCAUCUCAUCAACCACCACCUCAACCCCAUCAAUUACCACCUCAGUCCCAUCAGCAACCUUCACCGCAACCUUCUCAUCAACCUCCACCUCAGUCUCACCAACAAUCGCAAUCUCAAUCUCAUCAACAAACAGCACCUCCAACAUCGUCGCAGCAACAACAAUCUAAUUCUACUACUAAUUCUGCUGUACCUGUGACUGUAAGCGCUACUCAAAACAUACCAAAUAUGCCUCCAGUAUCUUCGCCUGCACCUCCAUUGCACAAUCCUCAUCAACAAGGGAUGCUUUCAAACCAUUCUAUGUCACCGCAUCAAACAUCUCAAGGAACGCAAGGAACACAGGUUCUUCCUCAAGGACCAGUAAAUAAUCCACAUACAUCGCCUAUAAUACCACCUAAUCAAGGAUAUGGCCAGCAAUAUCAACCAGGACCUGGUUCACAGCCGCAAAAUGUUCCACUCGCCCCAAGACCUCCACAUCCUUCUUAUACUUAUUCGCAACAGCAACCUUAUCAUCAACCUUACCCCCAAUAUGCUCAUCCCUAUUAUCAUCAACCAUAUUCUCAAUAUUCGCCGCACACUAUGAGCCGUCCUCAUACACACAGUCCACAUAGUCCACAUAGCCCACAUUAUCACCCACAAUCCCCUCAUACUGUAGGAGAAGGUAAUGCAGCUAAUAAUAGUGUAUCCAAUUCAGGUACUACUUCUGGUUCUACUCCCGAUAGUAAUAAUUCAUCUUAUUCUCCAGCAUCAGGUCAUUGUGAAAAUGAACGUACUAAUGCUCCUGACAGUCAGGAGACUUCUACUGACAUGAAAUCAAGCUCUGUGUAAAGGGUAUAUUUCUUUUCUUUUUUUUCCUGUCUUUUUUUUAUUUCUUUCAUUAUUACUUUAUCCAUUUUCAUGCUUUCAUUAUAAAAAAUAGCACACUUAAGUAAACACAACAUAUAAAUAAAUAUAAUAGAUUAUGUAAUUUGUAUAAUAAAAAUGUAAUCUUUUGAUUAUCUAUUGUAAAAUUGCUAUGACAUUCUACAAUACAAGAUUAUAUUUAAAAAAAAA